CACCAUUGGCUAGAAGAGACGUCAAUCACAAGAGAAGAGGCGUUUCCAAACCCGAUUUCCGGGUGCAGUUACAUCCGCAAGUUUUAGUGUGGUUGCUCAAAUUAUUCCUGUUUAUAAGGUAUUAUCUGCGAUGCUAAUGUUAAAUUGUGUCUUUCUAAAUAUUUGUAGAGGCACAACUGUUAUGUUUGCUGUUGUAUAUAAGAGCUCCUAUGGUCAUGUUGUUUAGACACAAAGCUAAUGUGCACUAUCGAUAAUAAGGAGUCAACUUUGGCGCCUUGGCUGCUUUCCACAAAACUUCGUGGAAGAGGCUGCCUCCAUAGCUUUCAGAUUACAGUGAGGAAGAUAUCAGGAAGUUGCCUAAAUUAAAUACUCACAAAAGAAAAGAGGAUGGCCCCUGAGAUCCAGGCAGUGGUACGAUCUACCCAAGCCUGGCUGCAGUCCUCUUGGCACGUCCAGGUGCCCUUUGCCUGGCUAGAAGCCUGCGUGGAAUGGCUGCAGGAAGAGGCAGAGGAGCACGUCGUCCUGUCACAGCAGCAAAUCAACCAACAGGCGCUGGACCAGUGGCUUCUGACAGACCUGAGGGUCCUGGGCUUUCCUGUUCUCCCUGAAGGGCUCUCUCAGGCCCAGAAGACUGAACUCAGCGGAAACUUCUGUGUCCAGGUUGACUCAUUACUCGACAUCGGCCAGCCUGCAUAUGGUCAGCUGCAGAAGUGGAGGGGCUCAGGUUGUGCCAACGACGAGGUGUCUGCUGACACACAGGUCACCCAGAGGCCCUGGGAAGCCAGACCAACCCGUAUGCUACUAUUGCAGGUGACAGAUGGAGUCCAGAGCUUGGAGGCCAUGGAGUAUCAGUCCAUCCCUGCGCUCAGCACAGCUCUCAGGCCUGGUGUGAAGCUGCAGCUACAGGGGAAGAUGGUUUGCAGACUUGGGAUGCUACUGUUGGGGCCAACCAACAUCAAGGUCCUGGGUGGUGAGGUGGAAGACCUGGUGGAGAGGAAUAAACAGGGCAAGGUGCUGUGUCGGACACUAGGACUUCCUGAGGAGCAGCAGGAGGGGGAGGAGGCCCCACCAGCACCACAACAAGGUAACCAGGAAGUGGAGGCCCUGGAGCUAGAUGACGCAGAGUUGUUGGCCAGUCUGGAGGCCCAGGAGGAGGUGGAAAGGGUUCAGGUUGGGAAUUUUCAAGACAGCGCCUACGGGACCCUCAGUGAGACCUCCACUCAGUCCUCGAGAAGCUCCUCUGCCAGGAGCCUUGUCUCGACGGCCUCAUUCAGAAGUGGUUUGACCCAGAGCAACAGAGGUGGUUCAGUCCAAGGGCGUCGCCACAGUAACGAACAAGAGGAUUCUGACCUCUUGAUUCAACAAGAGAUCUCAGAUGCCAACAUGGCAGACGAAGACUUCCCUGAUGAAGACUUUGACGAUCUUCCUCUGGAUGAGUUGAACAGUGUGGUUUUUCAGAAAAGUACAAAUGUUACUACACAGUCUGACAGCAGUCACAGAAGCACGUCACAGAACAACAACAACCUAAUAACAGGAAUUCAUAACAGAACGACUUCUCAGUUUGUGCAGCACGCUUUGAAUGUCUCUGGCUCACGGCUUGAUUCAAGCAACUCCAGAUCCACCACACAGAAAAGAGACUAUCAAGGCUCUACUAGAGGAGCUAGAGGGCAGGUCUUCUCCCCAACAGCAGCUUUAGAGCCAUCACAUGAAUUGAUGAUUGAUGAUUUGGUUACUAAUGCUGAGAGUGACUUCAUGGAUGAAGAUAUGGACUGCUUACUCGCAGAGGUGGAAACUGGGCGGCUAAAUCAGCUCCCUGUCCAUCAAGGACCUAGUAGAGCCAGAGACAGCUCUGCCAACAGAACUGAAACCUCAAGCUCCAAUUGUGGAUUUACCAGCGACUUAUCAAGAAAUGCAACGGAUAGGUUUUCUAUUAAUACAGAGCCUGCAUUUGAGAGCUCACACAACACACCUCAGGUGCAAAAUUACACUUCAAGCACUGCAGUAUUUGAUCCUCAGAGUGAAGGUUCGGCCCCUGCUCUCACUCUGACCUCUCCACCUUUUACAUAUUUGUGCCUGCUCGAAGAGAUGAUGUCCAAACAACAGCAUCACACAACAGAGAUCUGCGUCAAAGCUUUCAUUGUGACUCUCUUGGGGAAACUGAGCAGCAACAACGGUUUUUGGCGCGUCUGUGCUACAAUAUCUGAUGGCACUGGUUACCUGGACGUGGAGCUGUCCGAUGAGGUUUUGACAGGCCUGCUGGGCUUCUCGGUGGCGGAGAAGGGAGCUCUGAAGCGGGACCCAUCCCGGAGAGGUGAGCUGGACACUGGGAUGAGGAGGUGUCAGGAGGAGCUGGUGGACAUGUGCUGCGUUAUGACCAUUGUGGUUGAACCAGACGGCGGAAAAGCUGUCAUGACCAAGGCAGACCCCGUCAACGAGAAAGUAGUCCAGCAGCUGGAGCAGAGGGUGAGAGACGGGAGAAAAUAGACCCAGAGGAGUGCCUUUAAAAAUUCUCCCUAAUGCAAUGAUGGGUUUUGUUUUUUAGGAUUGGUAUUCAACCUGCCCUUCUGCUCCAGAUUUGGAGAGCAGAAUGUGUGAACUGGAUGUCUGAUGAUCAGUAAGCAGUAUGUUGCAUGCAUCCAUCUGCUAGUGAAUGUGACAUUCUGUCAUUUGUCAUUAGAGGAAUUCAUUCAUCUAUUUUAAGAGCUUUUUUUUCUGCUUGAAAUUCACUGCAUCCAUCCCAAAGAUAACAGAUCUUUAAUGUCUACACUUGAUAUUUAUCAUCACAAAUUGUAUGAGAAAACGAUGCGAGAAGAAGAGUGAAGCAAGUGAGAUGAGAGAACGGAAUAGGGGGAGAAAAUAAGUCAUAUUCUGAUGGUUGUAAUGAAUUGCCAGCCUUUGCAUCCAUUCAGUACAUCCAUUACUUCUGACUGAUAUAUAAAUAUUAAAUAUCCAAGGGCAGCAUGGGUAUUUAAUAAACUCCCCCAGAGGAGAAUGAGAGCAAAGGGAGUUAAAGGAGAGGCCAUGAGCUUCGAUUAUUUCUGUUCAUUAUAGAGACUCAUCUGUUUUUGUCUUGAAUGAAUAUAUAACACAAAUGUGAUGCCUUGCCUGUAUUUACUGUAUUUUUAAAUAAAAUUGUUCUGAAGGUUA